AUGGGUCCUCCUCCCCCUCCCGAAACACCUUCGCGGGUAAUGCAUCCGUCACCCAAUAUGUUUCCAAGUCUGCAAUUCUCACCUGAUAUCUUUUCGAAUUCGCCUUUUGGACCAGUCACCGCUCCAAUAUAUCCCCAACAACGUCUGUUUUGGGAUUCGAACAUGGGCAUGGAUGAUCCCAAUGGACUGCCUCCGUACACAGAUCCCUUCGCCAUCAGUCAGGCCGACUUUUCGGCGUCCUUUAACUCAAGCUCCACCAUUGUACCAUCAUACCUGCCCAGCUCGACCUCACAACAACAGUCCUACGACCUACCACCAACUACCACCAGUGUACCCUCAAAUUACAUUGACGGAUCGACUUUCGCUGUACCUUUCACCACGUCCCCUCUUGCCCCUCGUCCUCGAGAUGACAAUCCCAGUAUGUUCCUCAGCUCGCCGGCGCGCCGUUUCGCCAAUGACCAGCGGCCUGUGUAUCCGGUGGCAAAGAGUAUACGCGAGGUACCUGCAUACCAUCAUCAAAUCGAAGAAUCACGGAGAGAGCAGGAGGCUAAGCGAGCCAAGAAGGGUGAUCCCAAGCAACCUUCGAUCACACGAUCCGUGAUGGAGGCUCUGCGACGGCCUGUAUCACCUGUCAAGAAGGAUAGACCUGGACUGAGAAGAAGUGUGACGCACUCCGGAGUGGGUUCUCGUGGACCACAUAACCGCCAGCAAAGUCAUGUGUCAUUCCUUAGUUCCCUCACAAAUGCACCCGAGUCGAUGAGCAGAUCAAGGAGUGGGCGUCUGUCACCCCUGAAGUCUAUGUUCGAUGCUAGACAGGCCUCGAAGCGUACAUCUUUGUCACUUGCUAUUGAUGAGAACGGUGUAGCCAGGACCGUUGUCGCCCAGGUUCCGGAGGAAGAAGCAAUGGAUCUUGAUGAGUCUGAUUCGUUGAGUUCCAUCAGUUCCAGGGACGAGACUGACUUCCAUGAGCUACGGUCUCAACCUAACUCCUUUGCAUUUGGCGAUGAUGGGGACCAAGCACGUGGCCUCGGUCACUCAAAAAGCUCGUCUCUGGCAUCGCAUUCUUCAGCUUGGCAGUCAUCUCGCACCUCAUCUACCACAUCGAGAGCGAAUCGUCAACGAAAACCUGUCGGUAUCCUGGACCCCAUGUCAGAAUCAGAACUUCACUCUACGUCCGGCGAUGCACAGCAAGCUCUUCGAGCAAUCAUAGAGGACCGCUCGCGUACCGGCUCAGGCAACGAUGCGUCUUUGGCAAAUGGGCCCUCAGCACAAUUUAACUCUUCACCGCCGGUGCCGCAUGCGCAGUUUGCCAAUUUCAACGCCAGUCCUACUACAAUCACGGAUCCAGAUAUGGCCACUCCGAGCACUGAUAGAGGUAGCCAAGCCAGCCACGGAAGUACGAGAUGCGUGUGUGGAUUGUCUCCAGACGAUGUUCCUGGAACAAUGAUGCAAUGGUAA